AUGCUCGCGGGGCUCGCAGCGCGGCAGUCCUCGAGAGGAGUCGCCGCCGCGCGCUCUGCCGUCGCCCGCUGGACUGCCGUGGCAGCAACGCCUCUCCCAUCCGCACACGCGCCACCCGCCUCGCCAAUCCUCCCUCCUCCCGCACCUCCCUCCCUCUCCACUCCCGCCUCCACCACCCCCCAUUCCUCCCCCCCUAUCUCCUCCUCCUCUCUCCACUCCUCCCUCUUCACUCAAACAAUCCCCUUCGCCAUCCGCCCCCUCAUCCCCGCGCCUCUCCCCACCUCCUCCUCCCCCAGCCUCCCCUCACCACCCGCCCUCCCGUUCACCCCCACGCGCACCUUCGUGCAGCUGCGCACAAACCUCCAAGUAGCCGACAACUCAGGCGCCCGCCGCGUGCAAUGCAUCAAAGUCCUGCGCGGCCGCGCGCCCAACGCGGCAGGCCUGGGCGACAUCAUCAUUGCAUCCGUGAAGGACGCGGAGCCGCGGGGGAAGGUGCGCAAGGGGGACGUGGUGACGUGUGUGGUGGUGCGCGCCGCCACACACCACAAGCGCAGGGACGGCAGUGAGGUGCGGUUUGACGGGCCGGCCGCGGUGGUGAUCAGCAAGGCGGGGGAGCCGGUGGGGACGCGCGUGUUUGGGCCCGUGCCGCAUGAGCUGCGGGCGAGGAAGAUGCUGAAGCUGCUCACCCUCGCACAGCACGUCAUAUAA